GUAAACAUCGUAACUGAAAACCAUUGGCGAGUCAAAUAUUGUGUGUAGUGUAGUUGUUGCGCGCCGUUGGAUGUCUGUACGACUUUGUCUAUCUAUAUGCCUUAUCAUCAGUGAUCGCUACUGCAAUUCGCUUCAUCCCUCUCUCCCCAGCUGCGCCAACCAACAAACACCUCACCGGCAAUGAGGACACCACCACUCUCCCCCACAUCAUAUUCUUUUUCUUCUCCCAUCACCUUAUUACCUUUCUCUCAUUCCCUCACCGUCCCCCCUCCUCCCACUUUCAGCUUGAGUUUCCCCGUUGUUGUCUCAAGAACACCCGGUACAAAUUGCGUGAAAAGCUCAACUCUCAGACUCCAAGCAACAUCAUCUUCUUCCCCAUCCCCAAUGAUUGAAAAGGAAACGCCCGAGACCCAAAAGCCCCCCACUUUUCUCCGAGAGACAGACGGGAGUACUUCCAGUUCAACCAAUUCAGUUAGAGCGAGGUUCGAGAAAAUGAUAAGAGAGGCACAGGACAGCGUCUGCUCUGCGAUCGAAACCGUCGACGGAGGUGGCAAGUUCAAGGAAGAUAUAUGGUCCAGGCCCGGCGGAGGCGGCGGAAUCAGCAGGGUUUUGCAGGAUGGUGCUGUUUGGGAAAAAGCCGGUGUUAAUGUUUCUGUCGUUUAUGGAGUUAUGCCUCCCGAAGCUUACAGGGCAGCGAAACCCACUGAAAAUGGCGACCUCAAGCCCGGCCCUGUUCCCUUCUUCGCUGCUGGCAUCAGCUCCGUGCUUCACCCAAAGAACCCUUUUGCUCCAACUCUGCAUUUUAAUUACCGCUAUUUUGAGACCGAUGCUCCAAAAGAUGCUCAAGGAGCACCACGGCAGUGGUGGUUUGGCGGGGGUACAGAUUUGACUCCUGCUUACAUUUUUGAGGAGGAUGUGAAGCAUUUCCACAUGGUCCAAAAGAGGGCUUGUGACAAGUUCAAUAGCGACUUCUAUCCUCAAUUCAAGAAAUGGUGUGAUGAUUAUUUCUAUAUCAAGCAUCGUGGGGAGAGACGUGGUCUCGGGGGUAUAUUUUUCGAUGAUUUGAAUGCCUAUGAUCAAGAGAUGCUCCUUUCCUUUGCUACUGAGUGUGCAAAUUCUGUGAUUCCAGCAUAUAUACCCAUCAUAGAGAGGAGGAAGGACAUGCCAUUUACAGACAGACACAAGGCAUGGCAGCAGCUGCGCCGAGGUCGCUAUGUAGAAUUCAACUUGGUUUAUGAUCGUGGAACUACAUUUGGUCUUAAGACUGGUGGUAGGAUUGAGAGUAUUCUUGUCUCACUUCCAUUAACUGCACGGUGGGAGUAUGAUCACCAACCAGAAGAAGGAACGGAGGAAUGGAAACUACUGGAUGCCUGUAUCAACCCCAAGGAGUGGAUUUGAGUUUUUCAAAGUUUCCAGCUUUUAUAGAGUUCAAAAUGUGUUGCUAUUAUUCCUUUUAUAUUGUAUUUUCAACUAUAGGCAUUGUUUAUUUUAAGAAGUAGUGCCUUUGAAUAUUCUUCAGAAAAGUCCAUCUCGUAGGUGCCUUUAAAUGUAUUUAUUUCUGGGAUGCUUAGUUCAAAGAGGCCAUCAAGUUUUACUGUUCCUUUGUUAGGAUACAAGGCUUUUCUGUUGCUCCAUUCACGGAAGAGAAUUAUGAGUUUGUUAGAACAUAGACAAAGGGCCUGUCAAGCAGCAAAAGAUGCAUUGUUCUUUUUGUACUAUCGGUAUAGGGUUUCAGCCAAAAUCCUGGAGGAUCGGUCGAGCUACUUGUAGCUGUUGCUAAAAGUGGGACCUUAUUUCUCAGAUUGGAUAUAAUGUUGCCAUUUCCUAUUACAACUUUUAUUUCUAGUAUGCACUUGCACGUCUAUAAUAUACUUAUGCCAUGUUUCCUAAAGAGUA